GCGCUUUUGCCGCCUGUCCAAAGUAACCACUGUAAAAGACUACAUUUCCCGGCUACGAGUCGGGUGUCGACGGUUAAACCUCGGGUCUACUGCAACAACUCUGGAGCUGGUUGCAAACAGCUGCCUCGUCGUUGGCCGCAAAACACCGGAAACCUGAAGUGACUGACUCUGCUGUAUCUGUGUCCGUUUGUGGGACUACCAAACCCCACGUUGUUUCAGGACCAACCUGGGGAAGGGUGCUUCACAACCUUGGUGAACAGUUCCAGGCUGCUGGGGAUCCCUGUGUUGUUUAUUGCUGACAAGAGCCCAAAAUGUCAGAGACGUCGAGUGAUGCAGAGUCGUCCUGUGGCUGGACCAUCAUUAGUAAUGAGGGUUCAGAUAUCGAGACGUUGGGAUCAGAGGCUGCAGUGGAAUAUGCAGCUGCGCUGUUAGAGCGCCCCCCAGUGGAGGAGGAAGAGCUGCUGGGUACAGAUGCCUCUGCAUCAGCUGCUGGGUGUGUUGAAGAGAUAGGUGCAGAUUCACUUGACGACACACUGAGAGAACAAACCGCAGAUGAGACACCGUACGCCUCGGAGGACAGAGACGGUGCUGCGGGGAAAGAGCCCGUGACUCUGUUGUCCUACAGCGAUCACUCCGACAUCGUGACUCUGGGAGACCUGAAGGAGGACGAGCACGCAGAUGUGGAAGAGGAGGCAGCGCCCGACAAGGAGUUUUACUUCGGCACAUCCUGCAGCAGCCAGUACGCCUUCACUGCUGCAGAGACUGUCUUCCCAGUGCAACAGCCUGGAGUUUCAAACUCGAGCAGCAGUGAGGACGAGGCAGGACCGAGCCCCGGCACUGUCAUGCGAAGACGACGGGUGAGGAAGAACACCACGAGCAACGUGACAGAACCUGAGGAGGAGCAGCAGGAGGAGGAGCAGGGGUCAGGUCUGAGUGAGGAGGUGGAGGAAGAGGAGGUCAAGGAAGAGAGGCAGCAGGAGGAGCAGGCUGAAGUUAGACCUGCUCCGGACGUCCGAAUGAACGAGCUGGGCAGCAGCUUCCUCAACAAGUGUAUCCUGCUCGCCCUCAUCGUAGCCAUCAGCAUGGGCUUUGGUCACUUCUAUGGCACAGUCAAGAUUCAAGAAAGACAGAACAUUUUUGAGAGAAUCAGAGUGAAUGAGCUGGAUGGUGUGAGGGAUCUGCUUCAACAGCAUGUUCCAAACCAGAGGGAAGACUUUGACCUGAAAAACCUGGAUGAGCAAAAAGUGAUUUCACUGUUCACAGAUGUGGUUGAGAAGAUGAAGAGAGAGAACCAGGAGAUCAACAUCAAACAGGCGCACAUUCAAGCACAGAGGAAUGAGCUGGAGAAGUUGCAGAAAGCAGAGAAGAGGACGAACACGGUGGCUCGGCAGCAGAAGCUGGCAGCUGAAAACCAGCAGCUGAAAAGCUCACUAGAACGGGAAGAAAAGUCUUUGUCCACCUUACAGGAGGAGCUGAGAAACCUGCGCUCCAAGAUCAGAGAUCUGGAAACAAAGGGAGCUGGAGCCGACUCGCUGCAGUCAGAAAACCAGAGGCUGAAGGAGCAGCUGGAAGAGGAGAAGCAGCUGAUCAGAAACUUCCAUGGACAGAGGGAAAGCUUAUUGGCUGAUGCACAGACACUAAGAGAGAAGCUUGACAAGGAGAGGAAGGUCACAAAUGAGUUGAGGAGAGAACUGAAUCGUCUGAGAAGUCCCAUCCCAGGAGCUGAAAAGGAGCUUGGUUCAGAGGCAGAAGAGCUACAGUCACGUCUGACGAAGCUGGAGAAGAGACUGAGCUACGAACAGCAGCGCUCCGACCUGUGGGAGAGGCUGUAUGUGGAAACCAAAGAGGAAAGAGCUAAAGGAGACGCAGAGUCCAAAGUGAAAAAAACAAAAGAGGGCAUGACCGGGAAAGUGAAAGAGACAUUUGAUGCCGUUAAAAACUCCACCAAGGAGUUUGUCCACCACCACAAAGAGCAGAUUAAGAAAGCGAAGGAGGCUGUGAAGGAGAACCUGAGGAAGUUUUCAGAUUCUGUCAAAUCAACUUUUCGAAACUUCAAGGAUUCGGCGUCAACUUUCAUCAACAAGGCCAGAGGCUUUUAUCAUAAACGACGUGAUGAUAGGUAUACAAAAUGGAAAGAGUCAUGGCAGCACCGAUCCCAAAAGCCACAUCAGGGCCAAUCGCACAAAGAUGACGACGCCUCCCGCAGCAACCACAACACUCGAAAAUCAGGACAGAAAGUCCACGAAGAUCGAGGUCAAAAUGGCCACAAAGACAACGUGAGAGGAUGCACUGGGGUUUUUGACUGCGCCUACCAGGAGUCUAUGUGUCUCUUCAACAAAGCCAUGGACCCGAUCAGAGCGGACGAAUUUCACCAGCUGCUGCAGAGCUACUUGCAGCAGGAAGUGGACCACUUCCACCACUGGAAAGAGCUGGAGACGUUCAUCAACAACUUCUUCCAAAACGGCGUGUUCAUCCACGACCGGAUGCUGUUCACAGACUUUGUCAGCGGUGUGGGUGACUAUCUGGCGGACAUGCACGAGUACCACGGCCUCAACGACGAUAUGUUCGGAGAUUUAGACGACUUUGUCUACAGGCACUUUUUCGGAGAGGCUUACACAAAAAGCUAUGGCCCCAGCGGGCCGCUUGAAAGACCCGUCACGGACUCAAAGGAGGAGUCUCGGUCGAAGCAUCAACAGCGGAAGCAGCAGAGAACCAGAUCUCGGCCACAGAGUGAACGCAAGUGGAGCAGAUCAGGAAGAAACACAGACAGACACAUGGCUGACGUGAAAAUAGAACUGGGUCCGAUGCCGUUUGAUCCCAAAUACUGAAAAUAUAUCUGUAUAAUUACAGUUGCAAUUUCUAUUUUGGAUUGUAUUUAGAUGCAAAGUCUCUUUUCUUGUAAGUUUGCACAAUGUUACGUUUUUAAUGCUACUGAACGUCCUUGAGCUGUUUUGUGUUUAGUGAAGUCAGCACUUUUAGGUUUGAGUGAAAGAUGUGGCGUCAUCUGCACUUUUGUAACGAGUGUUCAGUCAACACUUUACAAACCUAAUUUUAAGGUUUUCAUGCUGUAACACCACUGAUUCUUAUCUUCAACCAUAGGGCUUUUGCUUAAAAAAUAUUUAGCAGAAAAUGUUAAUUGUGUUUUGUUAAACAAAAAAAGAAAAAAAAGAAUGAACAAAAGACAACAUACAUUUAGGAUGUUUUUUCCGUGUACAUCUAAAUCGUUGUUUUAAUUUCAGAGUUAAAAUGCCGUUUUCUAACAUUCCACCGUAAGCUUGUUUUAACUGGACUUGGUAGUUUCAUUUGACUGUAAACUUAUUGGGGGGGAAAUUAAAAAUACAUUUGCACCAUGGAAAAAUACAUUCGCACCAAAUUAAAUUGUAAAUAAUAAGAACAAACACACUCGGCACAUCUGACAAGUGAUAUUUCAAGAUCGUCCGAGUUAAAAUAGUUUAUUUUAGUAUCAAAUCAUUUGACAUAAUCAGUAAGGAAAGAGGAUUUCCAUUGUUAAAGUGUUUGUCAGUGCCUUUCAUAAAUAAAGAUGCUUCCUCCAACUCUA